UCUGCACAACUCUCGUUGGUCCAAUAUAUGCCAGUAGAGUUUCGGUUGGAAGAGGUUGCUGUGCGUGCUCAUCCACAACUUCUAGCUAGCGUUUCAAUUGUUUGUUUGCAGCGAAUCCCCGUGACUGGCCGUCUCCAAGUUCAGCUGCUAUCCCGGGAGCUUCCUUCAUCAUCGUCAGGGCAGUACAUAUUCCCCAUGGGAUCCUUCGAGACCAGAAGUGGUCCCAAGGACAAGGUGGUGCUGGUGCUGGGUGCAACCGGCACUGGCAAGUCGCGGCUUGCUGUCGAUCUCGCCGCUUACUUUGACGGCGAAAUCGUCAACUCCGACAAAAUGCAAGUGUAUGACGGCCUUGACGUCGUCACCAACAAGGUCACCGACGAGGAACGUGCCGGGAUCCCCCACCACCUUAUCGGUGGCAUACCCCGCGACGCUGAGUUCACGGCGUCCGACUUCCGCCGGGAGGCAAUACUAGCGGUGGAGUCGAUCGUCCGGCGGGGAAGGCUCCCCAUCGUCGCUGGCGGAUCCAACUCCUACAUCGAGGCGAUGAUUGAGGGGGCCGGGAGGGAGUUCAGGAGGCGGUACGAGUGCUGCUUCCUGUGGGUGGAUGUCCAGCUCCCGGUGCUGCAUGCGUUCGUUGCGGAGCGCGUCGACUGCAUGGUAGGACGUGGGCUGGUGCAGGAGGUGAGGGGGCUCUUUGACCCAGGCGUCGUGGAUUACUCCCGGGGAAUACGACGAGCUAUCGGGGUGCCGGAGAUGGACCGUUAUCUCCGCGCCGAGGGCACAGAGACGGACGAGGAGGCCAAGGCGAGGCUGCUGGAGGUAGCACUGGACGAGAUCAAGGCAAACACAUGCAAACUGACGUGCUGCCAGCUGCAGAAGAUCCACAGGCUCUCCACUCUUUCCGGAUGGAACGUGAACAAGGUGGACGCCACAGAGGUGUUGAGGAAGAAGGGGAAGAAGGAGGACGAGGCCUGGGCGGCGCAGGUGGCGUGCCCCAGCAUCGAGAUCGUCGCAAAAUUCUUACAACAAACGAUAACAGAAGAAGACCAAGUGGCGGAAGCCGCAGCACAGGAGGCAGAGCAAUUUGCCUUGGUUACUAAAGAGAACCGGCCUUGCCUCAUGAAUGAAACAGUGGUGCUGGCUGCUACGACCACGAAGGCUGCCGCGGCUCUGGUCACGGCCGGCGUGGACAUGGUCAAGGUAGCUUCCACCACAGUCGCCGUGGUGGGGGCCACGGUAUGAAUACGCAGUACGUAGGCUCCGGCUGCCGAGCUACCAAACACAAGCACUUCCUUGCAACGCUCGCUGGUCGCGCACCCCACGGACUGAGAGGCCAGCUUGUACGGUCCUUCUCGGAGCCGGGUAAGCGGCCGAUUGAAGGUCUGCAGGAGUCUAUUGUCUGAUGGGAUCCGUUAACUACGAACAGUGGUCGGGAAGUUCCUGUGUGAAGUGGCUCGACGGAGAGAGAGGAGUCGCACCGCUGCCUUGUCCUCGCCGCAGCAUGUGAAUAAUAAUAAAGGAAUCCUGCAGCAGUAGGGCCUGCGGAAAGUGGUCACAGCUAUUGUAAGUGCAUUGUGGCUCGUGUGCAGUGUUUGUGUCGGCUAUCGUGUGUGUGUAUAGCGAUCCUCCUGCAGAGAGAGAGAGAGAGAAAGAGAAGAGGGAGAGUGU